AUGCCGUCUCGCAACAGAUCCUCACUCUACGCCUUCGGCCUCGCCACCGCCGCGAGCACCCUCGCCAAUGCCGGACCUUGCGACAUCUACGCCCGGGGCGGCACGCCCUGCGUCGCCGCCCACAGCACCACCCGCGCGCUGCUCGACGCCUACGCCGGCCCGCUGUACUCGGUGCGCCGCAGCACUGACGGCCGUGUGCAGGACAUCUACCCGCGAUCCCCGGGCGGCGUCGCCGAUGGCGAUGCCCAGGAUCGCUUCUGCGCCGGCGCCGUGUGCACCGUCGCCACCGUGCACGACCAGUCCGGUCACGGCAACGACGCCGUCCGCGCCGUCGGCGGCCCCGACUACAUGAAGGGCGAAGACACGGGCGACGCCGACUGGGAGGCCGGCGCGAUGGGCGCCCCCGUCACCCUCGGCAAGGGUCAGCGCGCGUACGGCCUGUUCGUGCCGCCGGGUACGGGCUACCGCGUCGCCGCCGGCAACGGCACCGCGCGCGGCGACGAUCCCGAGGGCAUCUACGCCGUCGUCGACGGCACCCACUACAACGACCGUUGCUGCUUCGACUACGGCAACGCCGAAACCAGCCUGACCGACACCGGCAACGGCCACAUGGAGGCGCUCUUCUUCGGCAACACCGGCGGGCCCCCGGGCUCCGGCCCCUGGAUCAUGGCCGAGAUGGAGAACGGACUCUUCCUCACGCAGCACGUCAACGAGCGGCCGCCGGGGCUCGAGAUGCGCCACCGCUUCGUCACCGCCACGCUGCGCGGCAAGCCGCACCACUGGGCCAUCCGCGGCGGCGACGCCACGGCCAGCAGCGGCAGCCUGCGCACCAUCUACGAGGGCGCGCGGCCGCCGGCCAACAAGGACGGCGCGUACGACCCCAUGUCCAAGGAGGGCGCGGUCGUGCUGGGCAUCGGCGGCGACAACAGCCACACCUCGCAGGGCACCUUUUACGAGGGCGCCAUGACGGCCGGCUACCCGCCCGCCGACGUCGAGGACGAGGUCCAGGCCGACAUCGCGCGCCAGCGCUACACGCCGGCGGGCCGCAACUCGGGCCCGGCGGUGCAGGUCGGCGCGCGCGUGUCGUUCCGCGCCACCACGCCGUGCUGCACCACGCGGUACGUCGCGCGCGACCCGGGCUCCGACGACGUCCGCAUCGACUUCGCGACGGACGAGGGGCAGCGGCGCCGCGCGCGCUGGGUCGUCCGCGAGGGGCUUGGAAGCGCAGACUGCUACUCGUUUGAGAGCGACGAGCGGCCCGGCAGCUUCGUCCGACACAGCGGCAACGGGCUCGUGGUCAAUGCCAAUGAUGGGUCCAAGCUGUUCGCCGAGGACGCCACGUUCUGCAUCCAGGCGGGCGUCAACGGCCAGGGCGCGACGAUUCGCUCCUGGAGCCAAGCUGCGCGGUACUGGCGCCACUACGACACCCGCGUGCACAUCUCGUACCCCGGCGGCAAGUACAGCUUUGACAGCAAGAAGUCGUUUAACGAUGACGCUAGUUUUGUCAUUACCGCCGCAGUCUGA